CAACUUCAAAAGAACACCGUCACCAAUACAAAUGGAGCAGGUCUCCGGUGGUCACCACAGAAUUGUGCAAGAAAACGAGGUACUGAGAUAUGCCGACGACGGGGCGGCAAUAUUUCCACAAAGAGAUGCGAUUCUAGUGGGGAUAUAUAAUAUAUAAACAUAUUUUCCUUUUCGUACGAUCAUUUGGUAUUACCACCGUUGACGAAGGAAGCCGAAAACAGUGGAAGAAACGUACACGAGAGAAGCAGACUUAAGACACCGAGGACAGACCAUUUCAAGAUGGACGACGCAAUGAACGGAGGCAAUUUCAAGCACUACAACACCGAACCUCCCACAUCAAAACUGGUGUUGCCCCUUUUCUCCUUGAAAGGCAAGACCGCCAUCAUCAGUGGUGCCGGAGCAGGUAUCGGACUCGCUGUUGCUCGCGGAUACGCCGAAGCUGGCGCCAACGUUGCUAUAUGGUAUCACAGCAAUAAAAAGGCCCUCGAACGAGCUGCCGAUAUCGAAAAGCAAUUUGGAGUCAAGUGCAGAGCAUAUCAAGUCGAUGUCAGGGAUGCUAAGGCUGUGGACGAGGCAAUUGUAUCUCAAGUUAAGGAAUUUAACAAUCGACUGGACAUCUUCGUCGCCAACGCCGGUAUUCCUUGGACUCAAGGCUCCUCAAUCGGCGGUGAACUUGAGCAUUAUCAGAAUGUCGUGAAAAUCGAUAUUGAUGGCGUCUUCUACUGUGCAAGAACCGUCGGAAGGAUAUGGCGGGAGCAGAAGAAGAACAAGCUGGAGCACUUCAGCUAUGGCAAAUUCAUAGCGACUGCCAGUAUGAGCGGUCAUAUUGCCAACAUCCCCCAGCUGCAGACUGCUUACAAUGCCGCCAAAGCCGCUGUCAAGCACAUGUGCCAGAGUCUUUCCAUUGAAUGGGUACAGUUUGCUCGUGCCAACAGCAUCAGUCCUGGCUACAUCGCCACAGAGAUCAGCAACUUUGUUCCACCUGAAACGAAGAAUAUCUGGCGGGAUAAAAUUCCCAUGGGUCGUGAGGGUGAGCCGAUUGAGCUGGUUGGCGCAUACUUGUAUCUUGCAAGUGAUGCCAGUUCGUACACGACUGGCACAGACAUAAUUGUCGAUGGUGGAUAUUGUGCCCCGUAGAUGGAUUUUGCUGCUAUUGCGAGAACAAAAUGGAUUUCGUUCAUAGGGCGUAAUCUCUUCUUCUCAAUCCUCUUAUCCAC